AUUCUAUAUGCCACAUGGCAAUCCCAUUAACCAAUUGGAAAUCAAACUUAUCUAUCUUUCAAGAUAAGCCCACUCCCCAUUUCUUACAAUUAAGGCAGCAUCAAAAAGCCCAUUUGGGUUGAUAUCAUUUCUACCAAAACACACAGCCAAAAAUUCACAACAAAUAUGUCUUCUGUGUGUGCUUCUUCAGCCACCACAGCUGUUUGUGCUUCUUCUGCCAGUUCACAGAAGAAAGGAAAUGUAUUGGGAGCAACAAGAGCAUCAUUCCUAGGAGGAAAGAAGUUGAGAGACAGCAGCAAAUACAGAACACCCGUUUCCUCAAACUCCUUCUCUGUCUCCGCAGCUGCAGCUGAACCAGAGAGGCCUAUUUGGUUCCCUGGUAGCACCCCUCCUUCUUGGCUUGAUGGAAGCCUUCCAGCAGACUUUGGCUUUGAUCCUCUUGGAUUUGGUUCGGACCCAGAAACAUUGAGAUGGAUGGUACAAUCAGAAAUAGUACAUUGCAGGUGGGCAAUGUUAGGAGCAGCUGGUAUUUUCAUCCCUGAAUUCUUAACCAAACUUGGCAUCCUAAACACCCCUUCUUGGUACACUGCUGGUGAACUCGACUACUUCACCGACACCACCACCCUUUUCGUUGUCGAGUUGGUUUUGAUUGGUUGGGCCGAAGGACGUAGAUGGGCUGACAUCCUUAAACCCGGUUGCGUCAACACCGACCCAAUCUUCCCCAACAACAAGCUCACCGGUACCGAUGUGGGCUACCCUGGUGGGCUUUGGUUUGACCCAUUGGGCUGGGGUUCGGGCUCGCCACAAAAGGUUAAGGAGUUGAGGACUAAGGAGAUCAAGAAUGGUAGGUUGGCUAUGUUGGCUGUUAUGGGAGCUUGGUUCCAACACAUUUACACUGGGACUGGCCCAAUUGAUAACCUCUUUGCUCAUCUUGCUGAUCCUGGCCAUGCCACUAUUUUUUCUGCUUUUACCCCCAAGUGAUGAGAGCAGAGGAAGAAGCUAGAAAUGUUGGUUGUUCUAGGAUAAGAGGAAUGGGUUAAUUUAAAAGGGUAUUUGGAGGAAAUUACGAGCAAAUCAGCAGAUCUUGAAUGGUUGUUUAGUGGUUGCACCUACGAAAUGUUGGAGCUUUGUACAAAUGCCUCUUGGAUUUAAUUAGUACAUAAUUAUGAAAUUAUAUCAUCUAAUCUUAGAUUUACUCACAGAAAGUCUUCCAAUUUUCAAAUUUCUAUGGUUUGAUUAGUGUGAGUUUCGUAUGCCUGAUAUAAAGUUACAUGAACUAUGCAUGAAAAUAAUCCAAGUUGCAACUAUUUUUUCUUCGUCUUUUA